UCAUCGUGUCACACCAGCGAAAAUCCCAGUGGAUGUUAUUCGUAUAGAUCUAUUUUGUUAAAUUCUAAACCCGAACCCUAGUCGGUUGAUCAUCAAAUGGCGACCGAAGAAGCAGUUGUUGUGGCGGUGGAGUCUGUUCCUGAUCUGCCGCUGGUGGUGGCGGCGGAUGAGGCGGCGGAGGUGGAGCAACCGGUGGCGAAGUCGAAGAAGGCGAAGGAGCCCAAAACAAGGAAGCCUAGGAGCCCUCCAUCUCAUCCCCCAUAUGUUGAGAUGGUUACCGAGGCAAUUGUGACAUUGAAGGAGAAAAAUGGAUCGAGUCAGUACGCGAUCACGAAGUUUGCAGAGGAAAAGCAUAAGAAUCUUCCGGCGAACUUCAAGAAAUUGUUGUUGUUCCAUUUGAAGAAGCUAGUUGCAUCUGGUAAACUUGUGAAGGUGAAAGGCUCGUUUAAGCUUCCUGCAACUCGGCCUUCUGUGCCGAAGCCUGUUGCUAGUGCUCCAGCGAAGAAGAAGCCGGCUCCAGCGAAGCCGAAGACUGUGAAAGUGACGAAGGAGAAGAAAAAAGCUCCGGCGAAGGCGAAGGCGAAGGCAGCUGUUCCGAAACCUAAACCUAAGCCUAAGCCUAAGCCAGCCGUGAAGGCUAAGUCAGCUCCCAAGGCCAAGCCGGCUGCGAAGCCGAAAACUGCUCCUGCCAAGGCAAAGGUAGUCGCGAAACCAAAAGCUGCGGCGAAGCCUAAAGCCGUGGCAAAGCCCAAGCCCAAGCCUAAGCCCAAGGAGAAGCCGGCUAAAGCUUCGAGGACGUCGACUAGGACAUCUCCUGGAAAGAGAGCUGCGGCUCCUAAGCCGAUGCCGAAGAAAGCCCCGGCUAAGAGCGUGAAGCCGAAGACAGUGAAAUCACCUGCAAAGAAAGUAACGGCGAGGAAGGGAAGGAAGUGAGUGUGCGAGGGGUUGUCCGUAAGGAUAGUCCUGUAAAUUCGUUAAUCUUUAUGGGUAUAUUCCCGUAAAAAUAGCGUCCGAUUUUUCUUUUUGCUCUUUUUGGUUUUUAGGGUUAAAUCAAAAGUAAAAGUGAGUGCUAGUUGUACUAUUAUUCAGUUCAAUCGAUUAUGAUAAGAAUCAGAGUUCUUCGUUUGAAUCCA